UGUAUUACGGGGGGACAUCGUCCAGGUCAAGAUGCAGUUAGAAGACAUUCUCCUGCAAUGCGCGAUGUGUGACCGCGAGUUCGCACUCCAGGUGCUUGCAGAAGUUGCAUUUUUGGAAGGCAGGUUAUCCGACGCCAUAGAUUUCCUACAGAAAAUUAGUAGUGAUGUUUGAGGGACGCCAGCCAAGACAAGUCCUUUGGUACACCGUCUCGAAAGGUGUCGUGGCGAGCGAUCAGGGGGAUCACGACCUUGCGAGGGAGCUCAUUCACGAAGCCUCUGGAGCGCAUGAAUUAUUUGCGCUGCACAGUACGCGCACAUUUCUCCACAGAUCUUAUGGCUCUGCAUGCAUCGAGCUCACUGCAGGCGAGUAUGACAGGGCUGAGUUCCAUUCCUUCGCUACGAUCGAAGGUUGCCAUAUACAAGGUGACCUGCUGGCCAAGUCAUUCAGCGUCCGUGGACUGGGCGAGGUUGCCUUUGCGCGCGGUAACUUCGCUUUAGCUGCACGGCGCUUCGCGGAAACACGGGAUUUUUGCGCUGACAUGGGAGUGCCUCCCCGAAACUUAUACAGCUGUACACCAUUCGAUGUGCUGCCAGAGAGAUUUAAUGGAUGGGCGUUGUUUUUGGAGGAUCAGUCACCGUUUGCAAAUGUUAUGCAAACAUAAUACUCGGUAGCCUGCAAUGCAUAGUAUCUUGUAUGAUUAGGCAACUCGGAUCGCGUAGGUAACCUACUUGAAUUUAUAAUAAAGUUGAUCG